GUUGUUGCCAUGUCGGAGGACUUGACCAAAUGUCCAAAUCUCAUAAAAAUCAGUGUCAUCAAUGUGCCGCCCUCAACUGGGGAAGGCUGCACCUCCCCCCCGCCCUCCUCGGCCACCGCCCACCGCGCGCGCGGCCACAGACACGCACACGCGCGACACAUCGCGCGCUCGCACAGUUACUUGUAGGGUUGGACGAGGACUGCGAGCGCGAGCCAAGCAAAGCAGCACACAGCGACGACCGGCAGCAGCAAGCAAGAGCACAAGCGGGCCAGCAAAUUUGGUCGCCGCGAGUGCGAGAUAUGGGGUUCCACCUGGUGGCGAUCGUGGCGGCGAGGGGGUUCGUGCACCUGUUCCACCUCUCGGCGCCGCUGCUGUGGCCGCUCAACCUGUGGCUGCCGCCGGCGCGGCACCUGCCCGCCGCCUGCGCCGCGCUCUACGGCGGGCUCGUCUUCCACACCGCCUGGCUGCGCCGCGCCUACGCGCGGGGCACCGUCUGGAGCCGCCGCCGCAUCCGCCGCCGCGGCGGCGGAAGGGACGCGGACGAGUUACUCCGCCAGGCGCUGCUCAGCAUCUCCUACUGAAACUCUCGAUGCAACGUUGGUUUCGUUUUUUUUUUCUUUUUGGGUUUCUUGCUCUGCUCUCAGUGCUCCGAGUGGCGCGCCACCAUUGCGAGGUCUCAACUUCUCAAGGGUGGCUGUAUUACUGUAACGGUGAUACUACUAUUGUGUACUAAAUGAAAUCGGUCAGGAAAAUCUCAUCUCAACAGUGCGAAUUUUGAUGCUG